AUGUCGUCGGAUGAGAGCGAUGAUCCCAUGCUCCUACGGCCCCAUCGACCACGGAGAAAAGAAACAGAAAAGGUUACAUCAUCAAAUGAUGAGCCAUCCGAACCACCACUCAAACGAAGGCGGCUGAGCAACGAUGCCCUGGUCCUGCUCGAGUCGUCCGACGUCGGCGAACAGGAACAGUUAGCAGCUGAAGGUGACGAUUAUUGGCUCUCGCCGCCGACUACACAUGGAGAUGAUAUACUUGAACUGAAGUCAGUAUCCUCGUCUGUUCGAGCUUCUACCUUUCGUCCUGUGGACCUUCCGCCCUCUGUUUCAACACGGUCCCUGCACCUUGACCGUCCUUCCCUCCUCGAAACCUCGCAAGCCUCCACAGAGUCAUCAGUGAACUCCUUGCCACGAGGCUUUCUCCAUUUACACGCGACUCUGUCGUUGUCUCCGAAGGAUGACAGUCGGCUUCCUCUCUUCGAGAGUUCUCCUACGUCCUCUCUUCUCACCCCCACUUCCGCCCAAUCCUCUCAAGGUUCCAUCUUCCGUCGCCUGCAACCUCAAUCUCCAAUCGCACCGCCUCAGACAAUUGCGUCUACUCCUUUCGGAGCUGUCCCGAAUCUUGCAGCGUUGGGUCCUGUGCGCGAACUUCGCCCGAGGACCAAAAAGCAACUUGCGCCGUUCACCAUAGAUCGCGCUGAAUACGAGCGCGUUCUUCGCAAUGCCAGGGAAGCAAUUGUGAGGGAUAAGGUUGUAGCAAGGGCAAGCGCAAGGGAUGAGAGUCAAUACGAGGAGACGCAAGACGCUGGGACUACCCAACAAACUGAGGAGAGUGGAGAGGACUUCAUUCCUCGUGCCACUCUGGCCAGAAGACGCCCUCAGUCUCGUUCUCCUGAUCCUCCACCGGACGCAGUCCAACGAACGAGCAAAGUAGCACCAUAUACCGCUCCUUCGCUAAGCGAUGAAGAAAUAUUCGCUCGAUUUGGCGGUGUAAUCUCUGACGACGACCAACCUCCCGUGCCUCUACCUAAGGCACCCAAGAGACCAACGAGACCAAAACGUGCUCCCCAUGCCAGACCAUUUCCAUUCGAACUAGACAUCAAUCACUCCGAAGGUGCAUCAUCUAAAACUGGACGCCAUUCAUCCUUGGGCCCACCAAAAUCUCAUUCGCCUCACCUGUCGGACGGCGAUGAAACAUCCGAAUCACGAAUUAACGACUUAUCCUCGCACCGGGUGCCCUACAUCGACCUUAACUCUCAACACACCACGUCAACUAAUGCAAGGAGCCCGAUAGCCAGCCGCUCUUCUCUAUCUCCCUCUUCCUCUUCCUCCGGCUCCGAAGAGAGUGACGAUUCUUCGGGCUCUAUCUAUCUUAUGAAUAGAGACUACAAGAAGAUGAAGGCGCUGAAACAUAUGCAGCCCUGGUUCUUGGUGAAGAGGGCUCUGGAGGGAGGAACAUCACCUAAGACUCAAAAGCGGACGCGGACAAAAUCUCCGUCGGUUGACAGAACUCCUACGCCCGAGCCACUGCCUCCCAGAUCCCAGGAUGAUCUCGAUGACUGGGUCCGCUACGAUGAUGACUACGAUAGACGGCCAAAUCAAAACGUUCGAACACCCGCAGACACGACUACCCGCCAGCCAUCAGUUGUGGAAAUAUCUGAUGACCAAAGUAAUGUUUCCUCUUCAAGUAACGACAACGAAGUCGAGUUCGUAGCCGCUGCUCGAACGUCUCCAGGACCGCGCAUGGAACGUGAUUUAAUCGACCGAAUGCUGAGUCGUUCGACAUACGUUCGUAAAGGACGUGAACCCGAGCGACAGAGAAAACACCGACGCGUGAAUCAUGCAUCGCAUAGUCGCCAGACCAAACUACGAUUCCCUGUCGUCGAUCGGACGUCACAUGACAAGGAGAAUACUAUUCCGGCGAGACCGAGGCAGCUAUCUGAGGAUAUUGACGAGGCUAGACCUUCCCGACGACCCCGUCGACGGUACUUCGGAGGGUCUUUAGAGGAUGAUGACCUCAUAUUCGGAAGGACAUCACCCAUCGACCGCCCCUGGCCCUCGGGUCUUGCAAGAGCCGGAAAGCCCAAUCCCUUGUCGGUCGAUCCUCCAAAAGCGUCGAGCAACCGUUUUCAGUGGAAUCGGUCCACAAAUAAUGUGAUACAGGCCGGACCUUUGCCUAACGUAUCUCCCCGAUCCCCUGGGAUAAAUGACAGUAUUGGCCCCCCAUCAGACUGGGAUUUAUACACCACUUUCAGCUUGGAUUUCGGCAUUCGCUGUUUGCCCCCUGGGAUCAAGAUGCCCUCCACCUCGUUCAUUGGCAAAGGUCGACUGUUUGAGCUUAUUUCAUUGGUCAGCAACCCUGCUGCUGUUUUGGAUGCGCUCCCGCGAUCGUACUCUGGCUUCGGCCUCAUGCUUGAAGCCGACCCGAAUUAUGAAGAUUUCGAGUCAAAGCUCCCCGCAAUUUGUGACGCGUUGCAUACUUGGAUUUCGUCAACUUCUCAGACAGACACAGACGCAGAUGCAAGGGAUCUGAUGCGAUACGUUGCUUUGAGUGUGACAAGACUCAUUCCGCGACAAACAAUAGAGAAUGCAGAACAAGCCUGUGACGAGGUGGAGAAGCAGGUCCAACAUCUCCUUCGACGUUUUCCAGAACCGCCAACUACACGUGUGUCCCCUGCUCAUCUGCACCUACAGUGGUUUGUGGUUGAUGUUUGCGCCCGAAUGGUGGCAGCUUUGCAAAGCCUCAAUCCUGGGGAGACGCCACAAAUUCGAAGGCUCUUGGAAGUCAUCGAGAGGAGCAUAAGCGAACUUAUAACAGCUCUCCUUCAUCUCGGGAUGCACAAUGCAAUGCAAACUAUCAAGCAGUUGCAAGCUGAUGGUAUCGACGCAUUGGAUGAUCCUCUCGUGGAACUGUGGGUCUGUGUCAUCCACCUCACAAAAGCAAUGUCCACCCGCUACAGUUCCAUACCUUCCUUUAGUCAACAGCUGGAGACUGCUAUUGCCCUUCGAUACCCUUCUGGCAUGAGCGUACAUGCAUGCGAGCAAAUCUGGUACACGACCAUGUCAGUUUGUUUGUUAUCCCAAUUUACAUCCUCCGGCAUCACUCUCAGGGAACCGCUCCAGGAGACUCAUUGGCCCAUCGUUCUGAAAGCCCUUGCUUACGCUCCACUUCUACCUCACCAGACUGCGCAGCAAUCUCUCAGCAAUGUUGCGGCGAUCAAUCGAGACAAGCACAUCUGCAUGAUUUUGCGACGAUGCUGCUUAAUGGUUGCUCGAUGGGGGUGGGACCUGUCUUCGGCAGAGGGACUCCUGAAGCUCUUCAAUGAUUUGUUCAAAGCACGUAAGUUCUCGAAUCUAGACUUACAGGAAGAACGGAAAGCCGAUUUCGCCCCAUUUUUGACGAAUUUGGACGUGCGUCUUCUCAGCAACCUUGAGCAAACGGACACCGCCUAUGGACUAUUCCUCAAGCUUUUGGCGGGCACAAUCGAUGGACUACGAUCGAAGGAUAACGAAAAGGCCAUAAUGAAAUUGCUGGGGGCACUCAUCCCAGUAGGUGUGGUGACCUUCACCAAAGAAAAGCCGCCAACUCGCUUUGAAUUGUCACAAUUGCACAACCGGUACAGUGCCAUUCUCCUCGCGAUAUAUCUGGAGCCCUCGACCGCCACGCGACGCAUCGAGUCUGCCCGCCGAAUCCUCGACUUCGUCAAAGCUGAUCAUAAUUCCCGUCAAGUAUGUCUACGAGCCGUCAUGUAUUUGGGCAUCAUGUUGCGGCAUCUGAAGUUGCCCCCCAUUUCCGCAGUUCAAUGGACAAGUGAAAUGAUGGAAAUCAUGCUUCAAGAAUUCUCUGCUGCGCUGCUCCGGGAUAACUCUGUGCCAUUGUCAAAAGAGGGGAAAAUAAUUCGAGAUGAGGCCGAAAUGAUGAUCUGCCUGUUGGUCAGGUCGAUCACAAAAGUGAUCAAGGUUUCUUCACUCGACGCAACGAGGGCAAGCCCAGUCAUUUAUCCCGAUAUUGUGUUUCUGCAGAAUUCGUGGACAUCUAAAAUUCUGCGAUCGGCAUCCUACGUCAAGUCUGUUGUAUCAGUAGAGAUUCUGCGUUACAUUCAAGCGUUUCUUGAUGAGCGUCUGCGUGCCCUUCCAACUGGCACUAUCCCAGUGAGUCAGACAGAACGCGAUGAAGAAAGUCAAGACUAUGGGGAUGCCGAUUAUGAAUGGGAUGAUCCGACCUUCAUCCAGAUGCUGGAUAUGGCAGACGGUGUCGGGGACGUUUCCUUUACGAGGACAGCAGAGAAGAAAGUGGUAGAGACUGUUGAAAACGACCUGUCUCCAGCCGUCUUUCAAUUCAUCAGCAACAUUUUUGCGAAUGGGUCUGUUCUUCCCCCCGAAGGCUGGGAGUUGGUAGAUGCAGCGGUCGAUUGCUGGGCAAGCUGUGGUUAUGUCAUCAUUUACAACAACCUUCGAGACUGGUCCUCUUAUGUCAGCGCGUAUGGUGUAGAGUCGUGCACUCGCCUUAUGAACAAGGCAGACCGCCGAAGGGUGGGGUUGCGAUUCAUGUAUAAGGCCAUACUGCUCGACCCCGGUGCUUACAGACGUUGUGAAGAGGAAUUCCUGAGCAUGUGGUGUCAGACCAUCGUCCGUCCUAGACUCACAUUAGAACACAAGUACACUGAGGCUCUGCUUCAAUGUAAAGAGGCCCGGCAUGGACUGCUUCAACCAUUAUGGACACACGAAUUCCCCCAUACACAGAUGGAUGCCGGUGGGCUGGAGGCUGUCAGGAUUGAUCUCAUUGAAUUGGUACUCAUUCACGCCAGUCGUACUCUGGCUGACCCGUCAGGUGACGCGAUCAGCGACAAGCAGAAGAGGAUCAUCAGCACGGUUCUUAGGGAGUUAGUGCCAGCAAUGAAGGACUAUUACUGGGUGUAUAUGUCCGCCGAUGCAGCAGAAACAAACAAGAAUUAUUACCAACUCUGCCAACGCGUCCUUGCCAGCAUGGAGCGCAACAUUCCUCAGUUGUUGGUCAAUGGCGAUCUGACAUGGCUCCCUCCACCACAGCAAGGAGACAUACAUAUUGUACAAAGCGCUGGUAUUAUACAUUAA